AUGGUGAUACUACGCAGCAGCGGCGGUGGUGGUGGCGGUGGUGUGGGAGCCGAGCCGACGGCAUCAGCUCCGAAGAGGAGGUCAGCGGAGAUGGAUACGAGCGGCGAGUUUUUGUCGCUGAUUCCCGCGUCUCUCCGAAAGUCCGCCCGGCUGACGCGGUCAUCCCGGGCCCUGGAUGACAGCUUCAGUAGCCCCGACCACCGCACGGCUAAUGUAAGCAUGCACACCCAGAUUGGUGUUCGGUAUCAACACUGACAUUUAUGCGAUGUAAAAUUACCAGUGGACACAACUUUGGUGUGUUAGCCGCUUUAGCGCGCUAAGCUAACUAGCUUCUAUCCUUCCAGCUUGUUAAUAAUAAUUACCGGCGCGUUUUCUCAAUGAGCACCUGUAGUCUGUCCUGAUAUUAAACGAAAAAAGGGCUCGUCUGUCGGAUUAAACCAUUUUGCAAGCACUUGAAUAAACUCUACAGUCAAAUUAACCGAGGAAACCGAAAAUAUUAUGACAUUUUGGUAGUUUUAUGUGUCGUUAAAUGCUACGGAGAACUCGGGUUAGUAGGAAAUAUGUGCUUAAAACUGUGAUGUAGUUAUAUGGUGUGUUUUGGUACAUUCUGAGGAUCACCGAGAAAAGGGGGUGUGGUGACUGAAAUCAUCAGAUGAAUCUCCAAUGGCCGAGAGUUCGCUUAGUAAAUCUGAUGUCUGAUUUAUCAGUAUUCUAGUCCAGGGAUAUGAAAACACCGUGACCUGAACAUUUUACUGAAGCCCCACUUUACCAAUAUGCUUAUUUUGUAGGGAUUGAUAAGAUGUAUUCAUUUGUGGAGAGAGUGGCUUACCCAAUUUCAUUACUUCAGGCGAAGUACAGGUACUCCAGUAGUCAACAUGUAUCACCCUGACUAUUGAGUUUAAAUACUGGAGACUUUCUUUUCAAAAUUGUUGAAGUAUUUCACCUUUACAGACCCGUUUUGACUUUUAACAGCAGUAAAAACACCCUAAACGUCAUUCUUUCAGCCUGAAACUUGAUGACUUUUCCUGAAAUGGCCCAAAAUACAUGAAAUUAAUUGACAAAUAUUCAUGAGUAUUUUUGUACAUGUGCUACACAUUUUUCCCCCCUGAGGCUGUUGCGAGUCAAAUAUGACCCGUAUCCAUUUAGAUGGAUUUUAGAUCUACCAGUGUGAGACGAGUGACAAGCAGUCACAACAGUGGUCAGUAGUGCCCUGCAUAUGCUCUACAUUGAACCAUAAAGACAUGCAGCAUACAGGUAGGGCAAGAGAAAAUUCACAAGCUCACUUUGGAGCAAAAGUAGGGAGCUUCAGAGCAAAGUGUGUAGUUGUGUUAAAAGUACAUUUUUCCUUCAAAGUAGCAGAACAAAAGUAAGAAGUUUUCCCUCAAAAAUAAACCUAUAAAAUCAAGUAAAUUUUCUUUGCUAAUGUCUGCCACUGAUUAUAUUGAACACAAACUAGUUCAAAUAUAGCUAACUUUCAUGACCUUAUUUCUAUUCCCUAAACAACCAGCCCUGUAGACUCAUUUCUGAUGUGUAAACAAAAUGCCUCAGAAACAUUGGUCAGCAAAACUCACUUUGUGUAUGUGACUUUUAUAUGUGUGUAUUGUGUUUACUUAAGCUUUGCACAGAGUAUCAAUGUCAGUAAGUAGGUGGUUUAAAAAUGUGCGCAUGAUUCAAACAAACACUUACUUUUUACUGUACCAGGGGCAUGCUGAUAUGAAGUCAGGAGAGGGAAGGAGUCUCCAGCACUCUCUGAGGACCCGGGGACAGCGAGUCAAACUCGAGAUGUCUUUUACUGAAAUGGAGCCAAAGACCAGCUCACCUCAUCCUGUGAAUGAAGAGGAGAUUGCAGGGUACUGCACCAGGUAACAGGCUGAAUGACUUUGAUGCUAGCUGUCCUUUUAAGUUUGUAAGGAAGAACUAUUUAGGUCUUUAGGUUUGGCAGUUAAAGGUGAUGAGGUGUGCAACAUAAGCAUUAUCUUCAUCUCAACUUUUCCACAAAAAUGAACAAGUCUGUACUAGAACACAAACAUUGUAUAUUCUGUAGAUACCUGUUUUGAUGCAGUGUUUCAUUUCUUGUAUUCAGGAAAUCUUCCAGGCUGCAAAGAGAGGGACAAGCAUCCAGCAGCAAAAAAGCAGGUAACCCUCACUCCAGUUUAAGCUCUUGAGAAUUAGCUCUCAGUGUUGGUGGGUAGCACUAGCACACAAAUGUUGGAAGAGGUCUAUUAUUACACUGAUAAAUACGGUUUUUAUUCAUACCAAAGAUGUUCCAGACGAAGUGGAGGGUUCGUCAACUCCCAAGAGGAGUCGCUUCAACCUACAGAGCCGUGAUGAAGAAGAGGAAGAGGAGGAUCGCUCAGUGAGGCGAAGUUCCAGAAUCACCAGAUACAAACUUAAUUCACGAAACCAGUCGGUUCUCUACGAUCGCCUCAUCACCAAGUAAGUUGAGCAACAUUUACUCCAUUGAGCUCCUUGGUCUCAGAUUGUGAUCAAAACAAUCUGCAUAUGGAUAUGAACCUUGAAAGUGACGGUGUUGAAGAUCAACUGUGGUCAAACCUGACAAGCUCUGCUUUUGUUGCUCCUCAGCACUGCUGAAGCUGUUCUCCAGAAGAUGGACGAUAUGCAGAAGAUGAGACGCAGACUGAGGAGCCGAGACAGAGACACUAAUGAAGAGGUGAUAAAACGAACACACACACAAAGGAAAUAUCACUACACCAUUGCAUUUAAUUGUGUGCUCUGAAAUUAUAUGAUGAUAGAGUGUAUGUGUAAGACUAAUAAAGUGAAAUAAAUGUGCAGUCCCUCCAGGAAUUUGCAAUGUUGCAAUCACAACUUUUUAACACAAAUUCAACGCUGCAAUUUCGUCCAAUCACCGCGAAUUUUCCGCCAGUUUUUCCAAUAAACUUAACCCUUUUUUGCCCAUGCCUCUACGUGACAUGUACGUCAUAAAUUUACUUCCUUGUUCACAUUGAGAAGAUGAAGACGUGUGCGACGCUAAAUGCUCACAUUUACAAACAAAUAUCCCCGCCAAAGUUCCUGCGAGUCAAUUUCCAGAUGUGUUACAUGAAAGCAGAGGUAAACUCUAAUGCGCUGCCUGCAAUAAUGUGGGGCAACAACACAUGGUGCAAAGCCGUUGCUCGACAGACACUUUUUAAUCGCAGAACAUGUAAGGAGAACAGCUGAAACUCAGAGAGGACAGACGAGACAAGUCAAAAUGACAGAGGCUGUCACAUCCAGAACUAUAGCAGUGGCUGAAAGGGUCAAGGUAUGCGUGGAUAUAACCUUUAAAAUCAAAAUAAGUGAAGAAUUAAAAAAAUGCGUGGAUGCAUGCUUUCAUUUGUGUAUCAUCUAGUGUGUGUAAGUGUAAGGGAGUGCAAGCGAGAGUGUGUGGGGAAAAAAAAACAAGCUCACAAAUGAAAAGAGUAAUUGAACUUGGUGCUGCUUAUGUUUAUGUUUUCUCUAAAUUGUAAAAUUAGUGCAACCCAAGUUUGGCUGCCCUGUGUGCCAGUAUCUCUGUGUGGCUGUGAGUCUCUGUGCGCGCCUGUCUGUCUCUCUGUGUGUGGAAAAUAUCACGCCUUAAUCCUAUGGUUUAAGGCUAAAAACUCACAAAAGACUGUUGUAGCUAAUUUGCAAUGGCCCUUGUUUGUGCAGUUUUAAUAAAAGAAGCCUCAAAUGAUCACAACUUUCACCGCAAUGUUUGAGAAAAGCUGCCGCAAAAUCGGGCAUUAUAGGCUGCAACUCCUGGAGGGACUGAAUGCUACACUAGCAAACUAAACACUCUCAAUCUCUGUGUCAUCUGAGCAGCUUGGCAUGUACACCAGAGGCAGGAUGAGGAGGUCUCUGAGGAUUAAUGUGGAGAACAAAGACACAGAGGAGGAGAACCGAGGUGAGCGGCAUUGGGUUCAAUGACAACAUUAAGGAAAUAACCAUGACAACCAUCGACAGCAUGCUGGUUUGGUUCCAUUCAAGCUUUCAUACGUCUGAAAGCUUCAGACGGCUGACGUUGGCAAAACUGAGAGACAAUGUACCUCAGGCAGUACUUAUAGUAGCUGAGAUGUGGGGGUGACUGUCCACAUAUCAAGUGACUGAAGAUGCCAUUUGGUGGAACAAAGAAAAUAAAGCAUUAAUUUGUCAUGAGCUUCUUACACGUUCUCACGUCAUUUUGUUAAUUUUAGACUCGCUAACAUAUUAGCACAGUCUCUCAGUCGGUAACUUCAAAGCUGUUUUUCACCCUUUAUCAUAACAAAAGGUUAGAAACCAACCGUUUGUUUUUCACUCUUUCCUUUGUCAGAAGAAGAUGAGGAUGAUCACGACGAUGAUGAGGGAGAGGAGGGGGAUAGAGAAGAGGAGGAGGAGGAGGAAGAAGAUGAAGACGAUGAAGAAGACGAAGAUGGGGAGGACGAGGAAGAAGAGAAUCAAAGGCGUUACGACUUCAGACAGCGGAAGACUGUGGUUCGCUACCAGGCUCCACAGGAUGGUACUGCUGCUUCAGUUCAGCUUGAGCACGUCAGAUCACAGCACAAAAACAUGACAAAUAACAGCUACAAAGACCUGAUACACGUCCUACACAGAUGACUUGAUAUCCAUGACCUGUUCAAUAUUUGUGUGAAGCUGAUGAGCCAAUCACAUCACAUCACAUGCUACACUCCUGCUUAACUUUGACAUUUAAGUUUGAUGAGACUUGUCAUUUCUUCAGAACCCAGGGAGCCCAGGAAACGCAGCAUGUACUACAAAGACCACUCGUCUCCGACCAGACGCAGGUUCAGAUUCAGUUCCACGGCCCCCAGGAGCCCCUACAGCAUCAGAAGAACCACCAGGUGAGAGCAACUUCUCAGCAAUCAGCCUUUAUUUUGAAAAUGAGGAAUUAAUAAUUUGCCGCCAAGUAAUGUGGUUCUCACAAACACUUGAUAGUCUGAUGGUUUGUAGUUUAAACUGGCAGUCAGCAACAUUAUUCAUUAUGAUAUUCAGAUCUGGACCACAGACUCAGAGUGGCUCCCUAAACUUUGACAUAUCUUUGUUUCUGAUUCUCUUCAAACCAACCUCAGGAGUAGUUGUGAGAGGUAAGACGCUCACUUCUUGUCCUUGUCAGUGUUCAAUGUUAGUCUGUAGUUUGAUUUUUGGUUGAUGUCUGUUCUAAAUGGCGUCGUGGUCGGGUGUUUGGUGACACUUUGGUUUUGGUCAUGACAAAAACAGACUUUCAAGAAAAAGCUGAUUUAUUCUGAAAGGCAGUAAAGGCACUGAAUCAGUAUUGUACAUUAAAAAGCAACAGUAGCUAACUCAGUCUCUUCCUGUUAACAAUAGAUAUCUUGGAAACUGGGUGCAUUCAUGAAUUAAGGAAUAAUAAGGUAACAGCACAUCACAUAAUAUAAAGUAUAUAAUAACUGUCAAUGACAAGCAACACAACAUAAUAUAAUGAACUGAGAAUUCCUAUUCACCUGUGUCAUGUUAUUCCAGUGAGGUGUCACUCUGGUGAGCGUGUCAUUUUAAAUUGUGAAAUGAUUCAGUUUGAAAAUUACACAUAAAAAAAUACGAGCUUUUUUAAGAGAGGUUUUUGGUUAUUUUUACUGUCAGUUAUAUGGGUUUUUGUUUGUACACAACAGUACUUUAUAUCAGAGAGUUUUAAAAGAGUUGAGUUUUUAAUUUUCUUUGAAUGCAUAUUUGCUUUAAGCAGUUUUAUUUGAAUGCUUCAGUGUCUUAACUUAUAGGUACUGAGGGCAAAAUAAAAUUCAGACGUCUCUCUAAGAAAAUAAACUUUGAUCCUGUAAAAAUAAUCAGAAAGCUACAGAGACUGAGACAUGUGCAUGUUCUGCUUUGCAGGAGGAGACAUGCCAUUCACAGCAGUGACUCCACUUCCUCAUCUUCUGACGAAGAGCAGUUCCAAAGGCGGAGAAGUAAGAACAGGAGCAGGUCGGUGAACAGGUGAGAGCAGCAGCUGUCAUACAGGACAAGUACAGGUAGAGGGAGACAACAGCAGAGGAAAUACAUCAUCACUGUUAUAACAUGAAAUAACAUGAGGUCCAAAAAUGACAAUCAAAGCAGGUUGACUGUUUUAUCAGUGUGCCUCUGCAUUGAUGUUAAAGCAGUGACUUGUUUACUGUGAACUGAUAUCCUGUGACAACAUUCCCUGAAAUAUGAAACAUAUUCUCUGAACUAUCAGAUAGAGUUGGAUCAGUCUUCAUGUGUCUGUUUUUGGUCUGCUUAAGUAUGAAUUUAUCCUCAUCGUUAGUUUUUACCAUUGUAGAAAUAUCUUGAAUACUAUAAAAAACUAUAAUAAAUCAGAAAAAUGUUCUUUUUGGAGAUGACUACCACAGUGUUCAUUUAACCCUCAGUCUGACAGGGAGGACCUCCUGCUGUGAGGGGUGAGAAACAACUUAAGCUGAGAGUGUAUGUUAAUAGAGCGACUGUUUCUGUGCGUGACUUGCAGAUGUCUGCCUCUUAACUUGGUGAAAGAAGACCUGCUGGGAAUCCACAAGGACAGGAUGAAGAUUGGUGCGAGCCUCGCUGAUGUGGACCCCAUGCAAAUAGACAAAACGGUGAGUUACAGUGAAAGUUCAAGUGACUCAAUUGGUCCGACAUCUUAGGACUACAAAGAAUUUAAGCCCAUGAGAAAAAACAAAAAAAUAUAUAAGCAUAUAUGUUUAUGUAUAUAUGAAUAAUGUACAAUAUAUACAAUAUAUGCCUUAUAAUCAGGUGCAACACCACUUUUUGAAUGUGAAGUUAGUGAAGAGGACAGCAAAAUCCUGACUAUCAAACAGAACUUUUGAAUGGAUGACUUGGCAUUUCAUUUCAAACUUCAGAUAAUAUUGUCAAUGUUCAAACAAAGAUCUGCUUUUCAUCCAGGUUCGGUUUGAAAGCAUUGGAGGUUUGAGCAGACACAUCUCAGCCCUGAAGGAGAUGGUGGUCUUUCCUCUCCUGUACCCUGAAGUCUUUGAGAGGUUCAAGAUACAGCCUCCAAGGUUAACCAUGUGUCUGUGUGUGUGUUGAGAAUGUUAUGUUGUAGUCCAGAACUUAAAUCUUUUUUUAAUACAUAGCAACAUGUUCAAUUAUUUCAAUUCGUCUAUUUGGUGCUUAUUAAUGUGGCUGGUAAAAUGGAACACAUUUUACCCGGAAAGUCAAACAGCAAAGAUUUAAGAGUUGUUCCUGCACAUAAAAUAAUCUUUUUGUAUUUUAGGUUACAGCUUUUGAUAGUUUCUAUGUCUUUUUAUGUUUCUGUACCCUUUCUCGGUUGCUUCCUUUUGCUUUUGGUUUUAUUUGGUUAAAUGGCUUAAUGUCUCUGUUCCCUUUUUUCUCUAGGGGUUGUCUGUUUUAUGGUCCCCCAGGAACAGGGAAGACCCUCGUAGCCAGAGCGCUGGCCAAUGAGUGCAGUCAGGGGGAAAGAAAGGUGUCUUUCUUUAUGAGAAAAGGAGCAGACUGCCUCAGUAAGUGGGUGGGAGAGUCAGAGAGACAACUACGACUGCUUUUUGAUCAGGUGAACAAACUCCUCAUUAACUUACAACAAUAGGGUCAGUUUUUUGUGUCUGUUAAAAGAUUCAUCUAAAAGAAAUGAAUGUCCAAAAACAUUGAAAAAUUAAGAUGACUCGCCUUACUCUGCUAUUCUGACAACUUACAAUACAAUAAGUAUCUUGAAUUUGUUGAUAAAAACAACACUUUUUAAACUUCCCAUAGGCGUACCAGAUGCGUCCGUCUAUCAUAUUCUUUGAUGAGAUUGAUGGUCUGGCUCCAGUCCGAUCCAGCCGUCAAGACCAGAUCCACAGGUGAGUUCCACUUCUGGUACUACUAUAGAUGGUUUCUUUAAAAUAUGGGGUUUAAGAUGGACUUCAAAACCCUUUUCUGGUCAUUUAAAAAGUGAGCUGUGCCUCAAGCACAAUAUACCAGAACGAUUGGAACGAUACGAGUGAGGACGAGCGUGAGGAGGAGCUGAGGGGAAAACUGGUUGGGAGGGGUAGUGUUUACGUUCAAGGUUUCUCCCAAAAACUGGCACUUCCUCAGAUCCUGCCUACCCCACCUUUAAUGUGAAAACAGUGAUAUGCUGGUAAGAAAACAAACAUGGUGGAGGGCCGGUUUGAAUAAAAGAUAAGUGGCCAGCGCACAAGUCUCAGCGACUGGUCACAGGAAGCAGGUGCGUUUGUACCUCCCGACUAUCAACAAAGCUGUUUGAAGAGCUCAUUUGUUGUGGGAGCAGCUGGCAGGGUGCCAAUAAUAGCUGGUACUGGAAAGAGCAACACAUCUGCAUAGACACUGCACGUUGCUGAAAGCAGUCGAAGCCCUCAGGCAAGAACAACGUCUAAACCGUUUUCUCUUUCAACUGUUUUAUAUAGUAGUGCAACUUUAAUUCCAGAUUUAAUGGGUAUUUAAUGUCUGGUAAUAGUGCCGAUUUCAGCAGGGUCAAGUAAAGGGUAGAAUAGUGCAAACACUUUUCCCCCCAACAACAUCACUCUGAGGCAAAUUACUGGAAAAAGCUGUUCAGAAGAAGCCAUGACUGUUACAUCACAUUACAAAUCAAAAAACUGAACUUUUCUAUUUUCUGAAGCUCAAUUGUGUCAACACUCUUGGCUCUCAUGGAUGGAUUGGAUGGAAGAGGGGAGGUUGUUGUGAUUGGAGCCACAAACAGACUGGACUCUAUCGACCCAGCUCUGAGAAGACCAGGACGCUUCGACAGAGAGUUCCUCUUCGGUCUACCUGACAGAGAGGUGAGGAGUUGUAGAUACCCUUAACCAGAGAAAAUAAGAAGGAAGCUGCUGAGAGCUUUCAUUCUGCAAACUCUGGACCAGAACUUGAUUACUGUGAUCUCAUUUUGUACGGCAGGCAAGGAGGGACAUUCUGAAGAUCCACACCAGACAAUGGACUCCACCACCGUCAGAAACAUUUCUGGAGGAGUUGGCUGAUAAAUGUGUUGGUAUGUGUGCGAUCACAUGAGAACUCAUGUUAAAAAUGACAGCGACAAAAACUGCAUGUUUUAAACAAAAACUCAACAUGGAUGAUUGAUGCGGAAAGCUCAGACACAGUUUCAUAAAUGAGGUGACUGUCAUUAAGCUGUUUCUGUUUCUUUCUCUGCUUCUCACCAGGUUAUUGUGGAGCAGACAUCAAGGCAGUGUGUUCAGAGGCCGCUCUGUGCGCACUCCGACGUCGCUACCCUCAAAUCUACGCUUCAUCUCAGAAACUUGUGAUCGACGUCAACUCCAUCAACAUCACAAACAAAGACUUUAUGUCCGCCAUGUCCAAGAUGGUGCCUGCUGCCCAGAGGUAUCACCACAUGACUGUAGAUGGAAAUGUUGUUCUGUCAUAACUGGAAAUAGUUCACUCUCUAACACAGCGUAAACUUCUCAUACAAACUUGACGCUGAUUGUGAUCUUCAGGGCAGUAGUAUCACCAGCAAAGGCCCUGAUCCCGGCCAUCCGUCCUCUGUUGAACGCAGCCUUGCAGAACAUCUUGCAGAUGGUCAGCAGAGUGUUUCCACACGCUGAGCAGGGAUUGAAGAGGAAGAGGGAACAAGGUACAACCUCUUUGAGUUUUUCAUGUUUUCUUCAUGCUCAUACACUCCUUCAUUUCAUUAAAUUGGUUAAUCCUUUUAGAGUUAGGUAUUUGGGGAGACAUUAGGGUUAAUGAUUGUGCUGUGUGUUUGCUCUCGUGCUCUCUAUUCCCAGAUCUGGCGUGCGGUGUGUCUGAGGACGACUUGAUGUUUAGUGAGGAUGAGGACUCUGAGGUCCUCUCCGGUGGACAGAUGAAUCUGCUCAAAAAACCCAAUCCAAAGGAACUGCUCGACCUCAGCAGGUUGGUUGGACAUUGUUCAGGACGAAGUGAAAUGCAAAGAUUUUUUACCUACCCAAAAUCUCCGCCCUAGUUCUGCCAACAGGUUGUCCAUUUAUUCAGUUUGUACUUUUUUUAGCCUUCCUCUUGGUUGAGUGUCCCACUGACCCAAAUAUGUUUCUCUCAGGAUGAUAAACAGACUCUGUGGGGUUUAUGUAAAUCAGUUGGCAUUCUCGUGAGUAGAACCAUCUCAGUGUCUCUGUCAUCUAUGUGUGUAGGAGCGUGCUGAGCCAGCCGACCUCCUACCGCCCCAGGCUGCUGGUGGAGGGCAGGCCGGGCUCAGGUCAGAGCUCUCAUCUGGCCCCCGCCGUUCUUCACGCUCUGGAGAAAUUCACCAUGUACACACUAGACAUGGCCGUGCUGUUUGGAGCCAGCGCAACUGCACCAGAGGAGACUUGUGCUCAGGUAGAUCAGAUACUUUUACCAGCAUCAGUAAAUCAUCAUCAGUUUGGCAUCUGUGUAGCUACACAUGACAGCCAAACAAACAUAAAGGUCUCAAAUAGACUCCAGGAAGUCUCUGCUCUCGCAGCUUUGUCAAAUUCAGUGUGUUCUCCUCAGUGGACGGCACUGGCCAAAAUAGCUGCCACAGAAACUGUAGCUCACAAGCCCCUCCUCCUAAUUUAGUGGGCUGUGGGGACGAUGAUGUUCUACAGACAUACAGCCAUGAUGAUGACGGAAGUGAAUUGCAUAAACUAUUAGAUGUACAUUCAGUUUUGUGUCAUGUGUGCUCUGCAGAUCUUUGUGGAAGCCAAGCGGACCUCUCCCAGUAUCCUGUACAUCCCUCACAUCGGGCAGUGGUGGGAAACUGUCGGUCCGGCUUUGAAAGCCACCUUCCUCAGUCUACUCAGCUCAAUCCCUGCCUUCGCUCCCAUACUGCUUCUCGCUACAUGCAGCCUACGAUAUGAUCAACUCAAUGCUGAGGUAUUGGCAGGAAUGUUACUCACUGUUUACUAUGAGUAGCUGCACAUUACACUAUCACAUCUUAAUUGUGCUGAGUAUGAGAGGAUUCUCUCUGAAGGUGAAACUUGGCAUCUACAGGUCUUCUCUUUGUUUUAUCACAGGUGCAGGAGUUAUUCCGGGUAGAAUACGGAGAGGUUUACCAUGUUCAGGUCCCCACCUGCAGAGAAAGAAGAAAGUUCUUUGAGGAUUUAGUCCUCAAUCAGGCAGCGAAGGCCCCCGCAUCUAAAAAGAAAGCUGGUGAGACCUCACUGAGUGUGAUAUCACAGAACUAAUCUAGCAGUGUGUGUGUAGUAUAGUUCUAGCAGUGUGUGUGUGUGUGUGUGUGUGUGUAGUAGUAGCGACUGGUACAGCUUGUGAAAAGUGAGAGGAAGCACGCCGUUUUGAAAGGUUCAUUCUCUGUGUGAUGUAGCAGUCUGCUGUAAUAUUUAUUCAUUUACUUAAAAAUCAACUUUCUUGUCUCUAAAAAGAUUUGGUAUUUUGACAUAAGAAGAGGUCCUACACUGUUUCAUCGACAUUUCAAAGAUUCAUCAUGAAACCCUCUGGACGAAGACUAAAAAUGCUGAAGAAUGUAUUUCUGCGUUGUUUAAAAUUUUUUUUUUAAAUUGUUUUUGUCUUUUCAUUCAGUGCUCAGAACCUUGGAGGUGCUUCCCGUUGCACCACCACCUCCUCGACGGAAGCUAACCAAAGAGGAGAUCCAACGAUUGGAGGAACAGGAGGAGGACACCCUCAGGGAGCUCCGCCUCUUCCUACGUGACGUCACCAAUCGCCUGUCCCAAGAUAAACGCUUUAAAGCUUUUACAAGGCCCGUGGAUUUAGAGGAGGUAGCUGUAUUUUAUUGUCCCACCUCCUGUUUACUAUCAAAGCCUUUUUUGAGUUUUACUGCUGGCUUAGUUUUAACCCUUCCCCUCACAGUAAUACUCACGCCUCUUUGUCAUCUGUUUCAGGUACCAGAUUACGCAGAGGUGAUCAGGAAGCCGAUGGACUUGUCGACAGUACUCUCCAAUGUUGACCUUCAUAAGUACGGGACGGUCAAAGAGUUCCUCCAAGACAUCGAUCUUAUCUGGCAGAAUGCCCUGGAGUACAAUCCGGACAGGGACCCCUCAGGUUUGCACAAUAAAAAAAAAAAACGCUCACAGAACACUGACAUAACACUGAUCAGGGAUGUUAUUCCAACUUGAAUGUGGCAGAGGUCCAGAACCUGGUCUAUAUGUCCUUAUUUAGUAAAUCAGCACAGUGCUGUAUAAUAAGGAUGUAGUCACUCUCUGCUCUGAGUGAGCAAAGUUGUUGUUGUUGGAUUGGCUUUCUGUAGGGUUGAAAUAUUUAUUCAAGUUUUAUUUUAAGAAGUAGUUUGAAGAAAAGUUCUUGCUUUUGUUUAAUGCCAAUCACACCCCUAAUGAAAACAGAGUCCGGACAAACUGAACUUCACAAAACCGUUUUGCUCGUUUGUUUGUAAAAUUCUGUCUGUGUGCUCUUCCUCCAGACCGCCAGAUCCGACACAGAGCAUGUGCACUGAAAGACACAGUCCAUGCGAUCAUCAGAGAUGAGCUGGAUGAAGAUUUUGAGAAGAUCUGUGAAGAGAUUAAAGUGUCACGAAGCACGAGAGGUGAAUGCUGUGUGUAUGCGUGUAGUUUCAAGACCAGGAAGAAAGCUUUCCUAGCCUCAGGGGUCACACUGACAUCCUGUUUGAACCCUGUUUGGAAAUAUUAACCAGCUUGGAUCAUAUUUCAAGUCUUGAUGUUUAGUGUUUAAUUCAUGCUCAGUCUGUUUUUUGUUGCCUGUUUAUCUGAUUUGUUGUUCAAAUUGAGUGGAUUCUCCCAGUCGUUCUAUUAACAUCCAGUUCAUUUCUCACUGAUUUCUAUUGUUAUGCAAACCACUUUAGAUUUAAACAUUGACUGCAUGGCUGCCUUUUCUUUACCCAGGUCAAAAGUGUCAGUAUGAUCAGACCAAAAAAGUGUGCCGUGGUAUGUAAUGAAAGCUUUCUGACUUCUCUUCUCGGCUACUACAGACUGCUCUUCUGUCAGGUUCGCCCCAUCCUUCUACCACGUCCUUCCCAAACAGUCCAAACCUCCUGCUGAGACCAAGAUCACUGAAAUGACUCCACAAAGAGAGCCAGAUGGCCCAACAGCUGCUGUUACUCCAACUUUAAGUGCCUCACCUGGUGCAGGGCUCAAAAACACAGGUAGAGACGACUGAAAUGUACUGAAAUGUAACAAUCAAAAUGAACUGAAUAUCACUUCACCAAUCCCCUUUUGUUCAAUUAGCUCAAAAGAAGAAAAGGCGGAGAAGUCGCUGGUCUGCUGGCCUCUACGCGAAAAAGAAGUCUUCCUCCUCUCCUCACACAUCCAGAGAUGACACACACUUAGGGUCUGAUGAUGAUGAGGAAGAUGGGGACGAUGAGGAGGAAGUUGAGAAGGGAGAAAAGGCAGAGUGUACUGAGGGGGCUGAGGCAGAGGAGGAUCACACGGCUGCAGAUGUUGAGUCACAGCCUGCAGCAGCUCAGGAGGGAAGCUCUUCAAAGGAGGACAGUCAGGAGGAGACUGAGGAGAGAAGUCAAGAUGAAGACAAGAUCACCGAGUGUGAAACAGAGGAACCCACAAAGACAGAAGAAGAAAAAGAAACUGAAGAUGAUGCUUCUUUGGAUCAUCUAGGACAGCCGGAGGAAAACAGCAAAGUGUUAAAAGAGGUAGAAAGUGAGAGCGUGGAAACCACUACAGUGAACACUAACAAGGAGGACGAUACAGAGAAGGAAAAGGAUACCCAGAUACAGUCUAACAAAGAGGAGAGGGAGGAAGUUAACAUCCAAAAGCUUACAGAAACUGAGACAGACACAUGUCAAACUGUGACAGAGGGAGAUGAUGGGAACAACAACAACAUAGCAACUGCAGAGGAGGCAGAGCAGCACACCGCUGCUGAACCAAUGGAAGUGGAAGCAUCACAAACAUCAGCUGACAGUGAGACCUCUGCAGCUGUCAGAGUGGAAGAGGACUCAGGAGCAGGUUUGAUAUUUGAAUUGUUGCUCUGAAACGAGAAAUAUUUUUCCUUAAUUUACUGAAUCCUCAAGAAAUUUGGGUCAGCGUUUCCUCAUCUAAUGAGUGAACAUGUGUCACCGUGAACAAGUCAGCAAGUUAUCACCUGACACAUUGGUCUUAACACUUUUAUUUUGUGUGUCAGAGAGGAGUGUGAGGCGCAUGACUCGUGCUCUGAAGAACACAGUGCUGCUGCAACAGAUGAUUAAUGUGGACAAGGCUCUGCAGAUCCUGGACCAGGAAACUCCUCCUCUGGUGGUGGAUAGAGACAAAUUAAAGGUGUGUAGUGUGAGUGUUAAGGUCAAGUGAUCUGGACAUGUUAGUAGAAUGUCUUCCAAACUCCAGUGAAAUCAAGCGUUUAUUUGAACUAACUGUUCCUGAUUUAAACUGCAGCCAUCAAUGAUUGCCUCGUGUAAGGUGCUAUGGUUGCUCCUACUUUCAGUCCUGUUUGUUGUCCUUCUAUUUAAAGGACCGGCAUUUAAUCUCCUGUAGGUAAGAGUGUUGAGUUUGACAAAACUGAAAUGUGAUUUCGCUCUUCUUAUUUUUGCUUUCUGUCUUCAUUUCUUCAGGAGCUUUUGGAAAGAUUGGUGUCCAAGACCGAAGGCUACGAGGUAUUCAAGCUAGAGAAACUCUACGCUUUACUCUGCCAGAGCAUCUAUAGACACAGACGAGACUACAACAAAACUGCACUUAUACAGGUGGGUGUUGGUCUGCUGAGAAGAUAGUCUUUUUUUAACCUCAGGUAUUCUGGCCUGUAAUGGCAGGAAAACCACUGGUGUGAUUAAAUAUCUGAACUUGUAGAAGGUGUCUUGUCUUCAAUGUUUCUAAUCAGUUGUCUUUUUGUUUUCUCCUUUGGAUUAGGAGUUGGAACAGGAGAUUGAAGAGUUCUGUUGA